GGGGCGAGUGAGAGUCAGAGACACUGCAGAAGUAAACAUUGGCGAUGGCGACAGCUGACAGUGGCGUAAAGCCGCUUCAAUAUGCCAUGAAGAUGGCCAAAUCUGCUAUUCAACUGGACGCGGGGAAUAAACACCAGGAAGCCUACUGUGAGUACCUUCGGAUUAUUCACUUCCUGUCCUAUGCACUGCUAGAAGAAGCCACGUCCGAAAAGGCGGAUGAUCAGAAGCAGGAAGUGGAGCGGAUGUUAAGGUUGGCUGAGCAGUGCCUGGAGAGAGCCAAGUCCUUUAUAGAGAAGAGCACAGAACCCCCUGCUCAAACCCCCACCCCCUGUGCUUCUUCUGUGGGUCAAUCAGAAAGCACACAACCUUCCAUAACCCCUGUGACUAGUGCUGCAAACACAGUGUCCCCCUCCAAUACUUCUGUUGACAAAAGGCCCAAGUCCAGUAGCCCAACAAAGAGUCAUCGAAGGGUCUUGUCUGAUGGUGGGGGGCUUCCCUCACCCUUCAUGCCACCAGAGGUUUUCCAGAAACUGCAGACAAUGGAGUUAGAAGAUUCAAGCAAAAAAGAGCUGACACCCAUUGAAGAGGCAUCUCGUUUAAACCAGAAGUUAAAAGCUAAUUAUGAGGCCCGCUUGGCUCGACUCCCUCCUGGUCAGGCAUAUCAGAAGACUUCUUUGACACUGUCUCUCCAAAGGCAGAUGAUGGAGAACCUCAUUAUUGCCAGAGCCAGACAGGACGCUCUUCAAAGAAAAAUGGAAGAAAGAAGGCUACGACUGCAGGAAGAAGCCAACAGGAGAUUUGCAGCAUCUGGGGCCAUGACUGCAGAGGAACAGGAGCAGAGGAUUCUUUACACCAACGUGCUUGAAUAUGAACAAGACCAUGACUGGCCAAAACUGUGGAAAGCCAAGAUUAAAAUGAAUCCUGACAAUAUUAAUUUAGUGAGUGAGCUAGUCUCCUACCUGCUCAGUCAGGCGGAUCACCCUGUUCUAAAGCUUCUGAGGAAAUAUCAGUAUCGCAUUUACAACAGGGUCUACCCCAUCGUCAGUAAAGGUGUGCUCCAGAGUCCUGGAGUGGAGCUCAGAGCAUCACUCAGCUCCCAAAACCUCCUACAGCCAGAUACCCCAAAGAAGCCAGAGAGGAGAUUGAGCAGCAGCAUUUGUAGCCACAGUUUUAGCACCGAACCCUCACUGUCACCUUCACACUGUCAGGACCACCACAUCCCCUCAGACCAUGUGGAGGGGGAGACCACAGUAGACCGGGAGAACUCCUUUGAGGAUCUGGAACAGUUCCUUUCCCAGCUGGACUGGGUGCCUCCUCAAGACAGUACAGAUGACUAUAGUUUAAACCCAGAACUUCAGUCUGUUCAGUUAGACCCCAGUGAUGUACACGUCCAGGAGAUGGAGAUGAGGGCUAUCAAAGAUCACCUCAAGGCCAUUGUUAAAGAUAUCCACAUAGCCAUUGAGCAGCUCCUGUCGUUGUGUCUGCUCUCCUUUGAGUGUUUGAACACAGCCACCUCCAAGGACCUGUGUCUGGCCUGCAUCGAAGAGGCCUUCUUCACUCCGCUUUGGAGUGCCCUGAUGGCGCUCUUCAGGAGGGUGCACAGGGAGAGAGAGCUGGCGUUUGAAGCCAGUGUGAGGCUGUAUGGAGAUGCGUCACCUGGAGAUGUUGGGGUCCCACUGAAACUGUUCCCUCCAAACGGGAGCACCUUGCAGGGCUCUUACCCGUAUGAGUCUGCAGUGCAGGAGCUCAGAUUGCUCAUUAAAGACUUCUGCCCACAGAGGAAACUUGACUGCAUUGUGAGGACAUUGCGGCUCAUUUGUGCCUGUGCAGAAGAUUAUAGAUGUCUACAUGAAACAGAUUCAACUCCCAAAACUGCAGCCAUUGGUGCAGAUGACUUGUUGCCGAUUCUUUCUUAUGUGGCUCUGCGCUCCCAGUGUCCUCAGCUGGUCUCUGAAUGUGCCGCUCUUGAAGAGUUCAUUCAUGAAGGAUACCUGAUAGGAGAGGAGGGCUAUUGUCUCACGUCCAUGCAGAGUGCCCUGUCUUAUGUAGAGUCACUACAUGCCAGAAAGUCCCACAGCCCACUCAAACAGGACCUUUUAAGGCUGGGAGACUGAAGAAGCCCUCUGCAGAUGACAAGGGGAACCUAUGUGAUGUGAAGACUCAAAAGACUAAACAUCUUCAGAACCACACAAGGAUAAGGAACAGUUGUGUUUCCAAAUUGACUGUGGCAGUAACAUUUCAUUUGCGUUUGUUAAUUUGUUUGUGUUAGGGAAUGUUGUCACUUUGAUAGUUUGUGAAGACAUUUCAAGAUGGACAUGUGCACCAGGUGAUGGCUCAACUCUCAUCACACAUGUUGUUAACUGAUACUUUAGCACUUGUUUUUUGGACUUUAUGGGAUGUUUGUGUGGGUGCUGUGUACUGUUGCACUUUAGUUUACAUUUUUCAUUUGUUUUUUUGGAUGAUAUUUUUAAAUAUUGAUUUCCUGCCAUUUCAGUCUUUUUCACAAUGCCACAUGCCUGGGAACAUAUUUAUGCCAAAAAUAUGAACUAUAUUUGCACAGGCUCUUAUAGAAAUUAUUUUCAUGUUCCCUGUAACUUUGACGUCAACAUGGUUUAACCACUAUAUGGAGGUAAAGCAGCUUUUUUAUUUACUGUGUUAUUUUUGUAUUAGGCGAAGCUUAUGCAAAUAUGUGGAUAUUUUCUACUACUGUGAUGGGGAACGGUCGCCUGACUACAUUUUAAAUGUUUUCAUUAUUUACAAUGUACAACAUUUGAAACACUGAUUUUGGUGUUACUUUGACUGAUUUGAGAUGCUACAGUGUAUUACUAAAAUAAGGAUAUUGGGACCGCAUUCAGGAGUCGAGUGCAUGUUAUUUAUGAACAUGCCUUUAAAACAUAAUUUCCAGCAUAUUUUUCAUCUCAGUGGUAAAAGCCCUCUGUAUGUCAUAUAAAGGGAUAAAUGUCGAGAGCUUUUGAUCAGUUAUGUGCAUAUUUCUCAUUCGGAAAAAUCCAACAGUGUAGUAAUUAAACUGCUAUUGCUCUUGUAUUUCUAUGAAUAAGAAAGCUUUGUAGUUGUCUAUGAAUGCAUGAAUACAUGAUGAGGGAAGAUGUUUGCUUAUGAUUUGAGAAGCUGUCAUUUUAAGGAUUGUAGAAUUUUAAGAACUUCUUCUGAACUCGAAAACUACUAUGCAUUUUAAAUGUUUAUUUACACACUGGAAAUGAAUGUAACCUUUAGAUGCGAGUUUAACCAUAAAUAUUUAAUGUUCUCUUUGUUUGUCUAAAAGAUCUGGUUAGUGCUACUUGUAACAGGACUCAAUGACAAUUUGUAAAAGACUACAAAUGUGAAUUGUUUUAUUCAACUGUGAAUAUAUGGCAACUUUUAAAGAUGGAUUUGGGUGGGGGUUGGGAGGGCUGUCAAUAAAACAACUUCUAACUUUA